AUGUGCGCAGAGUUGGCCGCGCUCGAGCUGAAAGACAUCUUCCUGAAAAUUCACUACUUCGGUAGGAAAAUCAAAUUCAAACGCAAGCCGAAAAAGGAGCAGAUUGAGGUAGAAGUGAAGGAGCUGCUGAAAAUCAUCGAGGAGAUUCGGCGACGCUAUCCAGACAAAGAACGAAUCACUUCCUUGGAUAUUCUUGCGGGUAAGGCAGAGUACAUGAAUGAAGCGAGCGCAGAACGAGCAGUACUGACUGAGAGGCGUGACACGAUCGCGUUCCAGCCGCAAACAAUGGAAAUGCUGAAAUUCGCGGACGAAAUGGAUCUGGAGGAUCGUAGCGCCAGCCGUCUCGAAGAGGCACCUCUGAUCGAAAAACCUCCACAUAAGCCAUCGAAACUGAUCGACGUGCUGCAAUUCUCGGAGGACAUCGACUUGGAACACUGUUUCUAUCAUGAGCUACGGAAGCACCAUUCACGUGAUAACAGCCGACGCCACAACAAAGCAGACGCGUUGCAGACUGCGCAGUCCUACCGUUCUCACAGCAAUGUGACGUGA